AUGGCCAACCUCCUGCACCUCCCGGACCUCGCGGCGGCCCGGCCGCCCGCGCACGGCGUCGUGCGGAGGAGGGGGGCGAGGGUCGUGGCGGCGGCCAGGGCCGGGGGCCGCGUGAAGCAGGAGGAGGCCGGGACGGGGACGGGGCGGGGGCGGGUGAUCAGGGUCACGGACCCCGUGCGGGACGGGAGGCUGCCGGUGCCGGCCCCGCCGCCGCUCUUCUCCGUGCCGAUGACGCCGGCCUCGGAGUCGCCGGCGGCGACCACGCGCCGGGACAACGACGAGGAGGAGCGGCGCAGGUACUACCUCAACCUGGGCUACGCCAUCCGCACGCUCAGGGAGGAGAUACCCGACGUCUUCUACAAGGAGCCCAGCUUCGAUAUCUACAGAGAUGAUAUCGUCUUCAGAAACCCUUUCAAUAAAUUCGAGGGCAUUGACAAUUACAGAAGUCUAUUCUGGGGAUUGCGCUUUACUGGACGUAUCUUCUUUAAAGCAUUAUGGGUUGAUAUAGUUAGUAUAUGGCAGCCUGCCGAGAAUCUUAUUAUGAUUCGCUGGAUUGCCCACGGCAUUCCUAGAGUCCCAUGGGAUGGCCAUGCCCGCUUUGACGGUGCCUCCGUUUACAAACUCGACAGGAAUGGGAAGAUCUAUGAGCAUAAGGUACAUAACAUUGCUACGACCCCACCGACAAAGUACAAGGUCCUGUCUGUACAAGAGCUAGUCAGAUCACUUAGCUGUCCGUCCACUCCAAAACCAACAUAUUUCGAGGCUUCAUCUCAAUCUUUGAGCACGGCGUCGCUUUAUUCGAGGUUGGCAUGGAUCAGACGCCUAGCAAAUCUCAGAGGAGAAUAG